CCCCCCCCAGAACAUUAGUGACUCUUUAACGACCAUCUUCAGCCAGCUCGGACGAUGCCGGCGUGGAGCUGAUCUCCUUUCCGCUCGACGGCACGCUCAAUCCUCUCCUCAGGCCCUACUCACCAGCAUCAUUACCAUAAUCGCGGCCUUACGAGCACACCGAAAUAGAUCCAGUACUCGUGGAUAGCGUGUGGUGGACUUCGCUGAUCUGUUCGAAAAAGCUUUCCAAAAAGUUGCUAGGGCAACGGACAAUCCGGAAAAGAGCUGCGAACGGCGGCCAUUGAAGCACAAACACAUGAAGGUACCGCGCAGCACCAGUAUUACCGUCGUACGCCCAUCUUUGGCCUACCUCCAAAUGAUCUUGCAAUGUUUUAAUGGCCACGGACUCAUUGGUGUUGUUGAAGCCGAUUAAGGAGAACACGCAUCAGCUUCCAGAGGAUCUGAAAACUUCGCCGAAUACCGCUACCUUGAAAGCUAAAAUGUCGUCCUUUGCCAGCAAGAUCCAGGCCGAAUACGAGCGACUGUUCACAGAAAGGAAAGAUCAGAUGAGCACCAGAGCUCGGGAACGUCGUGACAACAUUCUCCGCCUUAUCCUCGCGUUUAAACAACAUCAGAAAGCGGAGGCCAUUUCGCUUUUCAUGGCGGUUGACGAUUUGACUUGCACCAUCAACUAUGAGAGCGUCGACUUUGAGCCCGCUGCCGAGAUUGUGCAGCUAUGUCACCCUUUUAUCCAGAAAUCAGCCUCCGACCAUAUCCUAUUCAUUCAUGAGUCAGCCAAUCUUUUUUUGCUGCAGCAACAUCUGACGGCGGAUCAGUCGGAUCUGUUUCUUGCCCGGAAGUGCCUAGCUGUGCUCUGUCAAGACCAGUAUCGGAACCCACAAGCAGCUGUGGACUUGCUGAAAAGGCACGUAUUGGGGAUUACCAUCGAAGGCGCUGACGGACAGCCGUCCACCGCAGAUUCAUCGGUGUAUAGGUACGCUGCACUAUGCUUCCAGGAGCACGUUACAGCUGUAUCGAAACCUCCAGACGAUCUCAUUGAAAUGUUGGCUCGCUUUCUUCGAGGGACGGAGUAUGUAACCUGGUCUGAGAAUCUUUUUGACCUCAAGCAGCAAGCUAGCUUUGGCGGUCAUCUCACAGUUCUUAGCCGGUUGUCC